GUUUACGACAGUCUGUGAGCCCGUGUUCGUUUACGGCAGGCAGUGCAGCCAGGCACAUGUGUUUCCAGAGUCAACAGCGUGCUCAUUGAUCGUCCAGCCAACCGUAUUUAAGGUUCUCUGUCAUGUCAUUCCGCGGGGGUGGUGGUCGAGGAGGAGGUCGUGGCGGUGGUUUUAACAGAGGUGGUGGUCGUGGAGGAGGAUUUGGAGGGGGUCGAGGUGGCAGAGGAGGAUUUAACAGAAACCAAGACUAUGGCCCACCAGAAUAUGUUGUCGCUUUGGGAGAGUUUGUGCACCCCUGUGAGGAUGAUAUUGUCUGUAAAUGUGUGACAGAAGACAAUAAAGUCCCCUACUUCAACGCUCCUGUAUACCUGGAAAACAAAGAGCAAAUUGGAAAAGUGGACGAGAUCUUUGGGCAGCUUCGUGAUUUUUAUUUUUCAGUCAAACUUUCUGAAAAUAUGAAGGCAUCAUCCUUCAAGAAAUUACAGAAGUUCUACAUUGACCCUAUGAAGCUGCUGCCCCUCCAGAGAUUCCUCCCUAGGCCUCCAGGUGAGAAGGGGCCGCCCCGUGGAGGUAGAGGAGGAAGAGGUGGGAGAGGAGGUGGCUUCCGUGGAGGUCGUGGUGGCAAUGGUGGUGGCCGCGGAGGAUUUGGUGGUCGUGGAGGAUUUGGUGGACGCGGAGGAUUUGGUGGACGCGGAGGAGGAGGUGGGGGAGGAUUUGGCGGACGCGGAGGAGGUGGGGGAGGAUUCAGAGGAGGCAGAGGUGGAGGUGGAUUCAGAGGUGGAAGAUGAUGAAGGUCUCUCAGUAUGGGAUGUGUCCUUUCAUCUGCUGGGGAGACUUCCAGUGAGAAUCCAGAAGCAGCAUUUGGGGCCUAGUCUUUAGACUAUUAACUGAUGCCUCUCUUGUACAGCUGAACUUUUUACUUUGUUUUGUACCAUAUGUGUAUUUUCUGCAGUAGGUUUUUUUUGGUAUACCGAUAGGGCUGAUGUUUUAAGUUACCACAUGCCUGUGUAAAAAGAGGACGAGUGUCUCCCCAACCUUUACUGGUUGGUUAGCAUCCACCGACGGCUGGACCAGUAUAGACUUGUAUGACAUCAAGGUUAUGUAGUGUGACAAAAUGGUCAAACCAAAUCCACAGAUAAUAAAGUAAAACAUCUUUUCAUUGUUGGAUUAAAAAAGCUAUUUUAAUUUACAUAAUAGCAGUUUGUUUCAUUUGAACUGCAGAUGCCACCAUGGACUUGAAAAAUAAAAUUGAUGGUAUAUUUACUGUAA